ACUCGGAGGGAGGCUCCGUUGGCGACCUUUUCGUUUGGGCAUCAUAGAAGAGGGAGGACGAAGGCUCUCCCCUUCCCUUUUUCUUCUCCACCUUCCACCCUCCAUGGCGGAGGAGUGACCCCGAGCAAGCCACCUCUCCACCCCCGUGCCUCCAAAACAAGCCCUUUCCCUCCCUUUUCCCCGGUUUUUCUGGUUUUUUCCGGGUGAUCUUUGGGGACCGUAUUGGUGGGGAAUUCGUGAGUUUGGGGUGAUUCGGGUGUGGUGGCUCUGUUCUGUGAUCGGGGUUCGUUUUAGUGUUCCUUUCUCUCCAAAAUCGUAUCUUUCCACUUGUCUUUAUCUUCUUUUGUGUUUUCUUGGCGUGUUUCUUGGGGCUAGAAUGAUUGGGGAAUGGUGAAUUUGGUGUGAUUUGGGUAAGGGUGCCUGUUCUUCGAUUAGGGUUUGUUUCUUUGGUGUUUUUUUUGGGGAGGGAUGGCGCCGGAGGGGAUUAUUUCAAUAUCGGUGGCUUCAGUGGUGGAGGACGUGCUGAAGCAGCAUGGGUCGAGGCUGAGUGACAUCGAUUUGGCUUCCAGGAAGGCAGAGGAGGCAGCGAUGAGAAGGUAUGAGGCAGCCGGUUGGCUGAGGAAGAUGGUUGGGGUCAUUGGUGGUGCUAAAGAUUUGCCGGAAGAGCCUUCCGAGGAGGAAUUCAGGAUCGGUUUGAGAAAUGGGAUCAUUCUUUGCAAUGCGCUCAACAAGGUUCAGCCUGGUGCAGUGCCAAAGGUGGUAGAAGCACCUGCAGAUUUUUCUGUUCUCCCAGAUGGAGCGGCUUUGUCCGCUUAUCAGUACUUUGAAAAUUUGAGGAACUUCCUUUGCGCACUUGAAGAGAUGGGUCUCCCAACAUUUGAGGCAUCAGAUCUAGAAAAGGGGGGUAAGGGCUCAAGAGUUGUCAACAGUGUCCUGGCUCUUAAGUCCUACCACGAAUACAAACAAACAGGCAGAAAUUUUUCCUGGAAAUAUGGUGGAAUAUUGAAACCUGCCGGCACAGGGAAAUAUUUCAUUAGGAAAAACUCAGAACCUUUCAUGAAUUCUUUGUCUAGGACCCUAUCAGGUGAAAAAUUCCAGGAUGGCUUGUCACUGGAGCAGAACUUAUGUGUCGACUUUUCAAUAGAAUCCUCUGAAAUGACAACUUCACAUUCACUGAAUAUGCUUGUCCGUACAAUUUUAUCAGAUAAGAAACCUGAAGAAGUUCCAGUGCUUGUGGAAUCAAUGUUAAGUAAAGUCAUGAAAGAAUUUGAACGUCGUAUUGCAAGCCAAAACGAGAUGGUGAAAACAACUGUGAGGGAUCUGGCAGAUGGUAAUAUAUCCAAUGGUUGUUUCUCCAAACCAGAUGUUUUGACAGAGGACUCAUCUGUUUUUGAUAAAACAAAGGCUUUGACCACUGACAAGAUUAAUGACAACAUUGAUGACAACAAUUCCUUCUCUGAACCGAAUGUUUUAACAGAGGUCUCUUCUACUUCUGAUGAAACAAAGAUGGAGAAGGUAGGGAACAUUCAUGUGAGCUCGAAAGAUGAAGAUGCUCUAAAUGAGAGGCUCCUAAAGCAACACAAGAUUGUUUAUCGACAACAAAGAGAGAUUCAGGAACUGAAACAUAUUCUUCACAGGACUAAAGAUGGUAUGGAGUUCAUGAAAUCACAGUACUCUGAAGAGUUUAGCAAUCUUGGCAAGCAUAUGCAGAUCCUUGCUCAUGCUGCUUCAGGUUAUCAUAAAGUUCUUGAGGAAAAUAGAAAGUUAUACAAUCAACUACAAGAUCUUAAAGGAAAUAUUAGGGUCUACUGCCGUGUGAGACCUUUCCUCCCUGGACAGUUUAGCAGCAUGAGCGCUGUCAGUCAUAUUGAUGAUGGAAAUAUUACAGUCAUGACCCCUGCAAAGUACUGCAAAGAGGGGCAUAAAUCUUUCACCUUCAAUAAAGUCUUUGGCCCGACUGCAACUCAAGAAGAGGUCUUUUCAGAUACCCAACCACUUAUUCGUUCAGUUCUUGAUGGUUACAAUGUCUGUAUUUUUGCAUAUGGCCAAACUGGAUCAGGAAAAACUUAUACAAUGAGUGGACCUAAAGAACUUACUGAGGAAGGUCUUGGCGUAAAUUAUAGGGCAUUAAAUGACCUGUUUCAUAUCUCAGAACAGAGAAAGGACACAUUUUGUUACGAAAUUGCUGUUCAGAUGAUUGAGAUAUAUAACGAGCAAGUGAGAGAUCUCCUUGCGAAUGAUGGUGGUAACAGAAGAUUAGAAAUUCGUAACAGCUCACAAAAAGGACUUAAUGUACCUGAUGCAAACUUGGUCCAUGUUGCAUCAACUUCAGAUGUCAUCGAAUUGAUGAACCUUGGUCAAAAGAAUCGGGCAGUGUGUUCAACAGCCAUGAAUGACCGCAGCAGUCGCUCUCAUAGUUGCCUGACCAUUCAUGUUCAAGGAAGGGACUUGACAUCUGGGAAUGUUCUUCGAGGAUGCAUGCAUCUAGUUGAUUUGGCAGGGAGUGAAAGAGUAGACAAGUCUGAGGUCAAAGGAGACAGGCUGAAGGAGGCACAACAUAUAAACAAAUCUCUUUCAGCAUUAGGAGACGUAAUAGCUGCCCUUGCACAAAAGAAUACGCAUGUACCUUAUAGGAAUAGCAAACUCACACAAUUACUCCAAGACUCUCUUGGCGGGCAAGCCAAAACAUUGAUGUUUGUCCACAUAAGCCCUGAGAUGGAUGCCAUUGGUGAGACCAUAAGCACUCUCAAAUUUGCUGAGCGGGUUGCCACUGUUGAGCUAGGUGCUGCCAAGAAGAACAAAGAUAAUGGAGAAGUCAAAGAGCUCAAAGAGCAGAUUGCUAGUCUUAGGGCAGCCUUAGCUAGGAGAGAGGGAGAAACUGAACAUAUAAGAAGUACAAUGUCUAGCCCUGAUACAUACAAGAUGAAGUCUGGUGCAAUCUCCCCAUCAUAUCCUAGCUUCAGGCAGCCAAUGGAGGAUGUUGGAAACAUAGAGGUCCAGAAUAAUUCUGCACUGAUGCAAAAGAAGGCAAACUAUGAUAUCCAAGAGUUAUUGAUGGAAGCUGAUCCUUCUCCAUGGCCAGAGAGCUGUGCCAGACUCCCGAAGACAGAUGAUAAAGAAACAAGUUCCGGAGAAUGGGUUGACAAGAUCAUAAUUAACAAGCAUGAAGCUGUGACUAGAGAUGAAGAUUCUCUUAGAGAUUGGGAAGGAGAUGGCACAAAACUCCCUGCUUAUUUUUAUCAAAGAUGUAUUCCUGAUGUAAGAGUUUAUGGGGAUCAGCCUAGAAAUCGAGCUGAGUCUGUAGCAACUGAUGAUUCCGAUGAUCUGGAUUUGGCAACCAGUGAUUCUUCAGAGCCAGAUAUGUCAUGGCAGUUCAAUCUUCCAAAACCUAGUGCUGCGGUCAAUGUGGUAGAAUCAAGGAUUAAGAAGCCUCAAACAAAGCUAAUAAAGAGCCCGGAUGUCAGGACUUCCCUCAUCCCAUCUCCAUCGCGGAAAGUGUCCAAUGGAGCUGGCCUAACAAGCAGCCGGCCAGGGAGGAAUCCCGUUUCUGGUGGCAUUGGUGGAAAGCGGUCAGCUAAUGGAAAAGUGGGAAGUGGAAAGCAAGGUUUACAUUAGAAAGGUGUGAUAUUUCCAGGCUUUCUUUUUAUGACAUGGCACAAGAGAUUGAGGGCCUUGUUUUCCCAUAGUGAGUGGCAAUAAUAAUUCUAGUUGCUCGUGUUUGUAACUAUGGAGAGCGGUCUUGAUCGGUGCGAAGGAGGAGGAUUCUCUCACCUUCUGCUUUGCUUUCAGGCCGGUCCAGAAGUGUCAGUAAUUCAUAACUCAAUUCAUUGUUUGUAUUAUUAACAAUUCAGGAAGAAAAGAAUAUAGAGAAAGGAAUACAAAAAGAUGAAAGUGGGAAAGCAAAAGCUAAUAACUACAA